GGGCAGCCAUGGGUCCUGCCGGUGGUGAAGAAGGUGGAGCAGCUGAUCGCCAGCGACCACAGCCUGAAUCACGAGUACCUGCCCAUCCUGGGCCUGCCCGAGUUCCGGGCCAACGCCUCCCGCAUCGCCCUGGGUGACGACAGCCCCGCCAUCAAGGAGAACCGGAUUGGAAGCGUUCAGUCCUUGGGUGGGACAGGCGCUCUGCGUAUCGGCGCGGAGUUUCUGAGGCGCUGGUACAACGGAAACAACAACACGGCGACCCCAGUCUACAUCUCCACUCCGUCCUGGGAGAACCACAACUCUGUGUUUGUGGAUGCUGGCUUUAAAGAUAUUAGAACCUACCACUACUGGGAUGCUGCCAAGAGGGGUCUGGAUCUCCAGGGGCUGCUGGAUGACAUGGAGAAAGCCCCAGAGUUCUCCAUUUUCAUCCUCCAUGCCUGUGCGCACAACCCCACGGGCACAGACCCGACUCCCGACCAGUGGAAGCAGAUUGCUGCUGUUAUGAAGCGCCGGUUCCUGUUUCCGUUCUUCGACUCGGCGUACCAAGGUUUUGCCUCUGGCAGCCUGGACAAGGAUGCCUGGGCUGUGCGAUACUUUGUCUCCGAGGGCUUUGAGCUCUUCUGUGCACAGUCGUUUUCCAAGAACUUUGGGCUCUACAAUGAACGUGUGGGGAACCUGACUGUGGUGGGGAAGGACGCAGACAACGUGCAGCGUGUGCUUUCCCAGAUGGAGAAGAUUGUGCGUACCACCUGGUCCAACCCUCCCUCCCAGGGAGCGCGCAUUGUGGCAACCACACUUUCCUCCCCGCAGCUCUUUGCCGAGUGGAAGGACAACGUGAAGACGAUGGCAGAUCGGGUCUUGCUGAUGCGGUCAGAGCUCCGCUCUCGCCUGGAGUCCCUUGGGACCCCGGGCACCUGGAACCACAUCACAGAGCAGAUCGGCAUGUUUAGCUUCACAGGGUUGAACCCUAAGCAGGUGGAGUACAUGAUCAAGGAAAAACACAUCUACCUGAUGGCUAGUGGGCGCAUCAACAUGUGUGGCCUGACUACCAAGAACCUGGACUAUGUGGCCAAGUCCAUCCAUGAAGCUGUCACAAAAAUCCAGUGAAGCACAUGAACAACCAAACCUACGUGAAGUCACCAAAGCAGUAGUGUGUAGUCCGUUUCUUUCCCUGCUCAUGGCUUGCCUUGUCCCACACCUCUUGGGGUUUAAUAAAGAUGGGAGCAGUAGCUCGAUCAGGGAUAAUCAUCUUUUGACCUUUUUGAAAUACCCCUUGCAGUAUGGUAAGCCAGUGUCCCCGGGAGGGUGGGGGCAGCGUGUGCCACCCUGGCUCUUGUUUGACUGACAGCAGCCUGUUCUUUGGGCAUUUAGAGCUGUGUCUUUAGCACAUCCAAACCAACUCCAUGUAACUGAUCAGUUUGAUCGAGGCGAAGUCUGGUGCCAGUGCAAUGCGUUGAGACAACAGCCGAA